AUGUCUGAAUCUGCACCUGCUCCUCAGCAAGGAUUCAGCUUUCCAGGUGAAGAAAACACCGUCAGCAAGCUUUGGGACGACGUCAAUGCGUUCCACCGUACUCUAGAAAUCACAGAAGACUUACCACCAUUUGCCUUCUUUGAUGGUCCUCCAUUCGCAACCGGUACCCCCCACUAUGGUCACAUCUUGGCAUCCACCGUCAAGGAUAUCAUCCCAAGAUAUGCCACCAUGAACGGUUACCACGUCGAACGUAGAUUUGGUUGGGACACCCAUGGGUUACCCGUUGAACACGAAAUCGACAAAAAGUUGGGUAUCACCUCCAAACACGACGUUUACGCCAUGGGUAUCGACAAGUACAACGCCGAAUGUCGUUCCAUUGUCAUGAGAUAUGCCGACGAAUGGAAGAGAACCAUCAAGAAGUUGGGUAGAUGGAUCGAUAUGGAAAACGAUUACAAGACCUUGUAUCCCGAAUUCAUGGAGUCCGUAUGGUGGGCAUUCAAGGAAUUGUACAAGAAGGACGCCGUGUACAGAGGAUUGAAGGUCAUGCCUUACUCCACCGCUUUGACCACCCCAUUGUCCAAUUUCGAGUCCCAACAAAACUAUAAGGACGUCAAUGAUCCAGCCAUCACCAUCGCCUUCCCCUUGGUUGACGAUGAAGAUACCGUGUUGGUUGCCUGGACUACCACUCCUUGGACUUUGCCAGCCAACAUUGCCCUUGCUGUCAAUCCAAACUUUGAAUAUGUCAAGAUUUACGAUGAAGAAAAGAAGAAGCAUUUCAUCUUGUUGGAAGGAUUACUCUCCAGUUUAUACAAGAAGCCAGCUGCAGCCAAGUACAAGGUUGUUGAAAAGCUCAAGGGUUCUGCGUUAGUUGGACUCAAGUACAAGCCAUUGUUUAACUACUUUUACGAAGAAUUCAAGGACAAGGGAUUCCAAGUCAUUCCUGGUGAUUACGUUACCAACGAUUCCGGUACUGGUAUUGUCCACCAAGCUCCAUCUUAUGGUGAAGAGGAUUUCCAAGCUGCUACUGCCCAUGGUGUCAUUUCCGAAAAGAAGCUUCCUCCUAGUGUAGUUGAUGACACUGGUAAGAUGUUGCCAAACGUUCCAGAUUUCCAAGGGGUUUACUUUAAAGACGCUGACAAGUUAAUUAUCAAGAAAUUGUCCGAAGAAGGCCGUAUCUUGGUCAACUCCCAAGCCAAGCACUCGUACCCAUUCUGUUGGAGAUCAGAUACUCCAUUGAUGUACCGUACCGUUCCUGCUUGGUUUGUCCGUAUUGGUGAAGUUAUCCCAGAAAUGUUGGACAAUGUCGAAAAGACCAACUGGGUUCCUUCCAACAUCAAGGACAAGAGAUUCUCCAACUGGAUCGCCAAUGCCCGUGAUUGGAACAUUUCAAGAAACAGAUACUGGGGUACUCCUAUCCCAUUGUGGGUUUCUGACGAUUUCGAAGAAAUUGUUUGUGUUGGUUCCAUUGAAGAAUUGAAGGAGUUGUCCGGUAGAGACGAUAUCACCGACAUCCAUCGUGAAAGCAUCGACUCCAUUACUAUCCCAUCCAAGCAAGGCAAGGGUGACUUGAAGAGAAUCGAAGAAGUGUUUGAUUGUUGGUUCGAAUCCGGAUCCAUGCCUUAUGCCUCCAAGCACUAUCCAUUUGAAAACAAGGAUAAAUUCUUGAAUUCUUUCCCUGCCAACUUCAUUUCUGAAGGUUUAGAUCAAACCAGAGGGUGGUUCUACACUUUGACUGUAUUGGGUACCCACUUGUUCAAGACUGCCCCAUACCAAAACGUCAUUGUUACUGGUAUUGUCUUGGCCGCCGAUGGUAAGAAGAUGUCCAAGAGAUUAAAGAACUACCCUGAUCCAUCGAUUGUUUUGGAACGUUAUGGUGCCGACGCUUUGCGUUUGUACUUGAUCAACUCGCCUGUUUUACGUGCUGAAACUUUGAAGUUUAAGGAAGAAGGUGUGCGUGAAAUCAUCUCCAGUGUCAUGUUGCCAUGGUACAACUCGUACAAGUUCUUGAAGGACGCUGCUGACAUUUUCAAGAAGGACAACGGAGUUGACUUUGUCUAUGACCACGACUUGCGCUCAGAAAACGUCAUGGACCGUUGGUUAUUGGCCUCCAUCCAAUCAUUGAUCAAGUUCAUCCACGAAGAAAUGAAUGGAUACAGAUUGUACACUGUUGUUCCACGUUUAUUGCAUUUCAUUGACGAUUUGACCAACUGGUACAUCCGUUUCAACCGUCGUAGAAUCAAGGGUUACGCUUCCGACGACGUCGAAGACACCAAGAAGGGUCUUAACACUUUGGCUGAAGCUUUGCUUAUCCUUUCUAGAGCCAUGGCACCAUUUACUCCAUACUUGGCUGAUGGUAUCUAUCAAAGAAUCAAGGGAUAUUUCAAGCAAGAAACCUUAGAAUCUAUCGUCAUCAAUCCAAAGCACAAGGAUUUGAGAUCGGUUCAUUUCUUGAGUUACCCUAGUGUCAGACAAGAGCUUUUUGACUCUGAAAUUGAAUUGGCUGUUUCCAGAAUGCAAAAGGUUAUCGAAUUAGGAAGAAACAUUAGAGAAAAGAAGAUGAUUUCACUCAAGACCCCAUUGAAGGAGAUUGUCAUUUUGCAUUCGGACAAGGAAUACUUGAACGACAUUGAGAGAUUGAAGGACUACAUCAGUGAUGAAUUGAAUGUACGUACCAUCACCAUCACCUCUGACGAAGCCAAGUACGGUGUUGAAUACUCAUGUGUCGCUGAUUGGCCUGUAUUGGGUAAGAAGUUGAAGAAGGAUGCCAAGAGAGUCAAGGAAGCCUUGCCAAAGGUUUCCUCAGCCGAAGUGCAAGCCUUUGCCGAGUCCGGUAAGAUCACUGUCGACGGCAUUGAUUUAGUUACUGAAGAUUUACAAGUUCAACGUGGAUUGCCACAAUCUGUGUGUGAAUCCAAGGGAUUGGAAAGCAGAACUUUCCAAGACGUGUUGGUCAUCUUGGACGUCAACUCUCAUCCUGAAUUGGAAAGUGAAGGUUUGGCAAGAGAGUUGAUCAACCGUAUCCAAAGAUUGAGAAAGAAGGUUGGAUUAAACACCACUGACGAUGUUCAAGUCGAGUACCAAUUGGUCAAGGACACCAUCAAUUUGAAGAGUGUUGUCACUGACAAUGCUGAAUUGUUGCUCAAGUCCACCAAGACUCCAAUUCAAGAAUUCUCAGCUGCUGCUGGAGACCAAGUCAUUGCUGACGAAGAACAAACCAUUAAUGAUACCGUGUUUAAUUUGAGAUUGUUAAGAAUCUAA